UUUCGUUUCUCCCCUCGCGACUCGCCAGCCCGUGACACAGCCACGCAGGCAAUCCCCUGCCCCCGCGUCAACGGUUGCCGGGGCCCCAGACGACCACACUGUCCGUCGACUGGACUUUGAACUUGCGGUUGCCGGGGAAGAAUUGCAUCGCAUCUGCAUCUGCACGGCUGCACCUGCACGUGACCGUCAGUCCGUGACGUCGCUCGCUCGACCACCACCGCUUCCCCGCCAGAGCAGUCUCUCGGUCGAGAGUAUUAUUAUACACAGGCUCACAUUGUCCCUUCUUCCACUCUCGUCUCGUGGUGGACGCCCGAUCUCCCUCCCUCCGCCGACGCCCACGCCUGACGCCGGACAAAUGCGGCGGCCCUGGACGGAGGAAGCCUGAGCGGCGGCGCCCGGCGUUCCCUCCCCCUCUCCCUUCCCAAAUUUCCCGGUUAAUUAGAAGCUAGUUCAGUAUCCAAAGAUGGUUCAUCAUGAGCCAGAUGAGGCGACUGCAGAUGAAGCCAGCAUCUCUACACAGCCCCCCUUGUAUAAUCCAUCCCAAGCACCAACGGUGUACAAGGUCGGGUAUCCUCAGAAGAAGAACCUUGCCACAGAGUUCACCAAUGCACUGCGGGAGACGUUCUUCCAUGACAACCCACUAAAGCAGUACAAGGACCAACCUGGGUCCACAAAGCUCAUGAUGGGUUUGCAGUUCCUGUUUCCAGUCUUUGAUUGGGGCAGGACCUACAACUUGAACAAGUUCAAAGGUGAUCUGAUUGCCGGAUUAACAAUUGCAAGUCUCUGCAUUCCUCAGGAUAUUGGCUAUUCGAAGCUCGCUUAUUUGGAUCCGCAGUAUGGGCUUUACUCCAGCUUCAUCCCCCCAUUGAUAUAUGCUGCAAUGGGUAGCUCAAGGGAUAUAGCAAUUGGGCCAGUUGCAGUGGUAUCCCUUUUACUAGGUUCACUUCUGCAGAAUGAGGUUGACCAUGAAAAGAAUAAGGAGGAAUACUUGCAUCUUGCUUUUACGGCUACCUUCUUUGCUGGUAUCACUCAAGCAGCCUUGGGAUUUCUGAGGCUAGGUUUCCUCAUUGACUUCUUGUCGCAUGCUGCAAUUGUUGGAUUCAUGGGGGGAGCAGCCAUCACUAUUGCUCUGCAACAGCUCAAAUAUGUGUUGGGUAUCAGGAACUUCACAAAGGAGACUGAUAUAGUUUCUGUCAUGGAGUCUGUCUGGGGUUCAGUUCAUCAUGGAUGGAACUGGCAGACAGUUGUGAUUGGCUUCACAUUCCUUGCUUUUCUUCUGUUUGCGAAGUACAUUGGGAAAAAGAAUAAGAAGUAUUUCUGGGUGCCAGCUAUUGCUCCUAUAACUUCGGUUAUUCUUGCUACCCUUUUUGUAUACCUUUUUCGUGCUGACAAGCAAGGUGUUCAAAUAGUAAACAAAAUAAAAAAGGGAAUCAACCCAUCAUCUGUGCACAAGAUUUAUUUCACUGGUCCAUUUGUCGCAAAAGGGUUCAAGAUUGGUGUUAUUUGUGGCAUGAUCGGUUUAACAGAAGCCGUGGCCAUCGGAAGGACGUUUGCUGCCAUGAAGGACUAUCAGAUAGAUGGAAACAAAGAGAUGGUAGCACUUGGGACGAUGAACAUCGUAGGCUCAAUGACGUCCUGCUAUAUCGCCACAGGUUCUUUCUCUCGUUCGGCGGUCAAUUUCAUGGCUGGAUGCCGAACGCCGGUAUCUAACGUGAUUAUGUCAAUGGUUGUGCUUCUUACCUUGCUGGUCAUCACACCACUGUUCAAGUACACCCCAAAUGCGAUCCUGGGUUCCAUCAUAAUUUCUGCUGUGAUCGGCCUUGUGGACUAUGAAGCAGCAAUUCUCAUUUGGAAAGUUGACAAAAUGGAUUUCAUCGCGUGCAUGGGAGCAUUCUUCGGUGUGGUUUUCAAAUCUGUCGAGAUAGGUCUCCUGAUUGCUGUGUCAAUCUCGUUUGCCAAAAUACUUCUUCAAGUAACAAGACCAAGGACUGUGCUGCUCGGAAACCUUGCAGGCACCACAAUUUACAGGAACACCGAGCAGUAUCCACAUGCAAGGCAUGUUCCUGGGGUGGUAGUAGUGAGGGUUGAUUCUGCUAUUUAUUUCUCCAACUCCAACUAUGUCCGAGAGAGAAUUCUUAGGUGGUUGACAGACGAAGAAGACAAAGUCAAAGCAGAUGGACUGCCUAAAAUCAAUUUCUUGGUAGUAGAGAUGUCACCUGUCAUAGAUAUUGAUACGAGUGGUAUCCAUGCCCUUGAAGAUCUGUACAAGAAUCUUCAGAAGAGAGGCAUUCAGCUUCUCUUAUCAAACCCUGGCUCUGCCGUGAUUGAAAAGCUCCACUCAUCCAAACUCACCGAGCACAUCGGAAACAACCAUAUCUUCCUCACGGUUGCAGACGCCGUGCGUUUCUGCACUUCCAAGUCGAUGCAAGAGCCUUGAACUGAAACAGAUUUACGUCCGGAAUCUGUUCUCUAGUGUAUAUGCGUCAUGUAUGAUGUAUUCACGUAAUGAGUAUAUAUGCAAGAUUACGAAUGGUAGGAAUAGUUUUGAAGGCGAUAGUAUUUCAAUUGAACAUUUUUUACAGACAAGAGGAUAUAGAAUCAGUCUUCAACGUAUAGUUUUGAUCAAUGUACAAACCAAAGGAAACAUAGAACAAAACUGAAUUCGACAUGAGGCAGACAUUCCCUUGA